AUGGGCCGGGCCCUGGCGGCCGGCGGCUGGUGCGGUGGGCCGUGGUCAUCGUCGCCCCCGGCGAGCCCACUCUGGCUGGCCCACACCGACCGAUCGACGGCUGCGAGGCGCUGCAGGGCCGACGCCGCGCCGGCUGCAGCCACACUCGUGCUGGCCAUCAACUAUGAAUCCAGUCGGGACUCAUCUGAAUCCGCGAGCAGCACCUGUUCGACGAGAAGAAGAAACAGGGCUAUGAGGUCGGAGUGGGCAAGCACGACAACCAGACCUCAUCAGCCGCCGUCGGAGACGAACAGGAAGGAGUUUGAGCCUGCAGCAAACCCGGCAGCCACGACAAGCGCAUAUGCCAUGCCUUCUGUGUACUACCUAAGGCGUCGACUGCUGCGGCACCACUCGUCGCAAACGGAGGAAGAUCCCUGCACAGAAACCGACUCUACUCAGGGAAGCUGUGGCUCUCCCUUACAAAAAUAUCACCCGAGCCCUCCUCAGGCGAGAAGACGAAAAAGCAGCUGUGCCGACGGCGUCUGCUACCCGCGUACCUCGGACCUCGACUCGAGCCUUGUGAGCAGUAGCAGCGGCUCGGGUGGAGCGCCACCAGCGAGGCUAGUCCUGUUUAGUGGCGGAGCCAGUGCGUCAGUGCACUCUGAAAAGGUAAAGGGACCAAGUCCCGUCAGGGGCGCUUCGUCGUCGGUCCAAUGCCCCAGCAGCGGAGCCGGCGACGCAGCCGCGCAAUGCAGCGGCGGCGGCGGCGGCGGCGACACGGGAUACGGCGAGACCUCGUCUUCAGAGGAACAGGAGUCGAGCUGGAGUCGCUCCACGGAGUCGUCGGCAGCACCGUCCUCUUCGUCGUCGCCAUCGGCAGACACGGCUUCCGGGGCGCUGGCCUCGGUGUCAGACGACCAGGACGAGACUCAGGCCGAGGAUGACGACGACGACGACGAGGACAACGGCGAGGUCGAUCUCAGCAAACUGGAGACCCAAACUCAAGCUGCGCCCUUCACGUGGCCGCCGACAACCAUUUCGCAUGCGCCGAGUGGAGAGAGGGAAGACACGGAGCAGGAGAGCGAGCCUGGAACGAGCGAGCAAGUGACGUCCACAGAAGAGCAGCAGUCACAGUCGCUGGACACGGAGGACGUCUCCCAGAUGACGGCGGCCAGCGAGGUACCAGCAGACGAUGACACGAAGCCUGCUGAAGGCCAGACAGAAGGCGAAGCUCAAGCCAUGCAACCUGUCGAACUGUCUGCGCCGCCGACACCCCAUUUCCUGAGGCCAACAAUAGAGAUCGACAGCAGCGACAUCUUGCACACGGCCAAGCCCGAGAUCGACGAAGGGGACUUCGGCGUGGGUCUUUCGUACACCAAGAUGACCGAGGCGGAGUUCGUGGCUCGGCUGAGCAUCCACGAAGCCGCCCGCACCGGCGACCUCCACGUCAUCAAGCUCUUGCUCAAAAGCGACCCCAAGCGAAUGGAAACUGUCGACGAACGAGGCUGGACACCCAUUCACCUAGCAGCAGCAAACGGGCACGCAGAGAUUGUGCGGUACCUGGCGGUUGAAGGCGCCGACGUGGCUGCACUCGACCCAACAAGUUACACGGCGAUGCACUUGGCCGCGAUGAACGGUCACAACGCAUGCCUUGAGGUACUGCUGAAGAUGGGAGCCGACGUGGACAAUAUCACUGCCGAUGGCUUCACGCCCCUGCACUUGGCCGCACUCAACAACUACGCCGACUGCGUGCGCACUCUGCUCUCGUGGGGCGCCAACCUGGCGGUGGAGGACGCGCUGGGUCGUACCGUGCAAGACAUGGUCGAGGAGUACGCCCUGGACGACGUUUCGGCGCUGCUCUCCGGCCUCUGGGCGCACGUCGACAAGUACACGCAGUCUCGAAAGCAGAACGGGCAGUCAGGGAGCAGCGGCCGGAAGCGUUCGACCCGGAAGCUGGUGCAGAUGGCAGCAGCAGCCAUGGGCAAGCGGUGACCGCGCAACCAAAACUCAUCGUGCCUUUCGAGCUUCAGCCAAUAGGAUGAGGACUGGAAUGCGUCGCUCAAUGCGAACACUCCCAACAUUGAACCGAACUGCCAAGUACCCGGACCGGCUUGAAGGAAAAGGAGGACGCGAGUACCGAUCUCACGCCUUCCCAACCACACAAGGCGCACGGUAUUGCCAUUAGAUACUCGCUGUUAGCCGAGGUCAGGGAACUCGAACAAGUGUACCAAUCCGCCUUUCUCACGGUGCCACGGCGCAUGCGCCCUUCUCCUCCUGGCGGGAAAGUCGCGAAACGCUGUGAUAGGGUGGAGUGUACUAGGUAGGGUCUCCCAAUUAGGAUUGGAGUCACCGCACGCCUUUCGAUCUCGGAGGCUUUGGUUCUGGCGAUCCCGGUUGUCCCGGAUCACCACGCGAAGCUCCGCCGCCCUACCAAAACGGCAGAGGGCCGUUUUGGUAGGGGGGCGGAGCUUCGCGUGGUGAUCCUUUUGGAAAAAGGCGGAUUGUGUACCAUUUCAGAUAUUCUAAGAUUCCUCCGUGUUUGAUCCACUCAGAAAGACCAAGCAGUCUUGUCAGCCAAUUAGAACUGAUAAGACGGUGAAUUCGAGAAUAAGGAAGAACUUGACUGUUCAGCCUCGAGAAAACUGGCUACCGAACAGCCGAGUCAUGCGUUGAAUAGCAACGCCGUUCCCGCCUUUAGCAGAAUACCACAGCGUCGAUGCGCACACUCAAGGAGAACCAUAGUUGAAUGAGGAUUCAGCCAAGUGCCGACAGCGUGCCAUUUCGUUCAGACAUUUCGUUACGAAACUCGGGUAGAGGCACAAAAUUCGCGUCCACGCAGUAAUCACCUCGGUAAUAUAAUACCUCAGUUCCUCCAAGUCGGUCCAGGUAACGGGCGCUGCUGCCGGGAUGACGCCAGAAAAACACAUUCUACACAACACGUUGACAGGGAUUUCCCACCGCACAGUGAAGCGCUGCGGACACCACUUGGGCGUGUUUUAUGCACUCAGACGAGACACAAGAAUACAGCUCACACACGUCAAUGAUCUUACUAAUCUGUGUCAGGUUCUGAAGUUACCCACAGGCAGCACAAGGGCGGCCUAUCAUUUCCGCUUGAAAUAUCCUCGUAGUUUGGUCAAAUCUGCACGAAACUCUGAAACUUUCUUUAGGUUUCAGAGUUCCGCUGUUGGAUAGUUCGACCACUAUCUUGUGGCGAAGAUGAACUAAAACACAAAUACAUACAAAAUGUUCGAAAACUCUCGAUCGCCACAUUUCUCAGCCUCGCAAACGAAUAUCUGUUCGUGAUACAGGGCAUUUCAUCGCAAGACUUUCCACUAAAAUUAGGAACUGAAGGGACCAUGAAAUGACGGGCAAGUUUUUCUGGCGCGUCAGUAGGCAGUCAUCGGCGCGAUGGUUUCACAUAUAGUAUCACCUGAACACCGUUCGAACUUGCCACAAAUAGCCUCGCAGGACAAAUCCCUCAUACAAGGCACACGGUGCGAGUGAAAGCGUCUUAUAACCCGGGAGACGAUGAUGACUUAAAAGGUGCUGUGAUCGUUGUUGUAGUUAGCGUGUCGUGGCAAUGGGCGCUUCCGUCACAGCCAUUUGCGAAGCAUAUCUGCACUGCAAGCCUCUUGUUUGAAACGAGAGAGUCUGUUUGUACCUCUACAGCUCGGAGUGACGCGAGCUGAGCAGGAACGUCAGCUUUGCAAAUAUCAAGUACGGAAUCUGCGUCAGAUCUGCAUCGUUCGUUGUUUUUUCAUCGAGUAUUUAUUUUUAUUUUCUUUCUUUACGCGGGAAAUAUAUCGCGUAGCAGAAAAUUGACUCUGUGCAGCCUUCUCAGUGGAAGACUGCAUAUUGCGGUUUUAAACGAGCGAAAAAAUUACUCUAAAAUAUGGCUCAAAGUAGACAGCUUAAGAGUCAGUUGAAUGUUCUGCGAGCUCAUUAGCAUCAUUACAAUGGCAUAGUGCAAUAGCGCAACAAACACAGGGCCACAGGCAAGAGAGACGAUGUGUUCCUGUGUUUGUUGCGCUAUUGCACUAUGAAUUCGUACCAACUAGCUCGGCUUUCCGUACUACUGUCAUUACAAUGUGUUUACCUAGCAGUUUUUGCAUCGAGCUCAAAGAAUCGCAUCCUCGCCUGGGAAACAUUAACAGCUAUGGAAAGGACACCUGCUCUCAACUGUUCGCUAAGUUUGAACACCCAAAGUUAAAGGACGCGAACCGUGAGGUGUGCAAACAGUGGGGAUGCGCAAACGCCCAGAGUCGUUUGCGUACUUUAGACCUAAAACUCCCUGUUGAAAUACGUAUUUAGUUUUUGCUGCAAAGAAAUCCAAGAGCCGCCUAUAAAAAUGAGCCAAAUGUCCAAUUUCUUAGAGUCAGCCAUCAGCUAAGUAAGGCGUUUCUGGUUUAAUGACGUUACUAAACUACGCUGCUAUAUGCCGGACACUGUCAGAUUCCUCCAUAUUGUCAAAUUUCGUAAUGCUGGCAUUUUAAGCCAAUCACAGAGGCCGUAGUGGCCUUCUCGGCCAAACAGAGUUGACAAGAUGGCGAAUUUGACGGUGUCGAGGCUAUCACUCUUGGUCAAAGGGGUUGUGCAGGUUUUGAAUCGCAAAUGGCACGAGUGAGGAAGUCGCCGAGACAGUGGAAGCCACGGACAGAAGAGUUGCGCUAUGCAAACCGGGAAAAUCAAUUUACUCGGAGCCGAGCAUGCGCCGUAUAGAUGUAGAUAUCGCGGAGCUCUCGCAGAGGGCGCGUAUCGAACAAACACAGACCAGCGAUGCUGCGUGCAGUAUUGUACCGCCUUUGAGGCGAGCUGUUCAACUCAUUCAUUCAGCUGUACAUUCGACGAUGCAGCGUCUGUUCGCACUUUUUUUUUUCCUCAUUGCUAUAAUCCGCCUUUCUACAGCGAAGACGCGGUGCAUUCGACUCGCCCGUAAGGAUCGAGCUCGUGUUGUUUCAUGGGGUUGGCGUGGCCUCCGCGAUCAGCUCCGGCACGGCGCGCUGCCGGAUCUGAUCGCAGAGGCCAUGGGCCUGGUAACUUGAUUCCGCAAAGGAAAAGAAAAAUAAGUAAAGAGCUGCAGUCGCGACCUCAAGUGAGACGUCAAUAAAAGCUGCACCAAAGCAGCUCAAGAGUUCAAGCGUUGUUUCAAAGACGAAAAAAAAAAAAAAACGCUGCCACAAAAGUAUAAUUUAGGUUGUUUCAGCUUGUACGUAAACGUAUUGGCCUUUGUGGAAUACCGGGUUAAGAGAGACGUAAAUGUGAGCGGUCUGGUUGGUGGCGUCGCCUAGUGCCACAGAGCUUAGCCAGAGUGGGAAAAAAAAUGUGCUAUUGCUAUGCGCAAGCACAUAUUCAACUUUCUUGCACUUGUAAUGCGUCAGCAACGUCGUGCUGCUCAUUUUAGUUUUCCUCUCGAAGCGCACCCACAAACGCAAAAAUGUAUGAGUGAAUGAGAAAAAGGUGGGAGGGGGGGGGGGGGGAGAGUCCUCUAUAUACAGGUAUUUGAGGGGUGCUGUUUCUCGGGCUAG